AUGUAUUGGUUCUUCAAGUUUGUCAAUAAGCACCGCUACUCCGUGAUCCCGGACUCCGCAACAGCUAAAAGGGGAAAAGAACCCACACCACACCGGCAACACGACUCCAAAAUAGCAACAUGGGCUUUGAUCUUGGGGCUCAUCUGGGCCGCCUCUCUCGCCGCCAUCUUCGGGUACUACAGGAGCCCAAUGUACAAUUACGACACAAUCGACCACCGCACGAAGCGGUGCGGCAAAACAUCAGCGGAAGCCAGAGCCCGCGGCUGUCACUUCGAUCCCGUCAGCUUCGCAUGGCUGCCAGAAGAGUGUCUGGAUCGAGAAUUGGCCGAUGAGUUCCGCGCUGUGAACUGGACUCUAUACGCAGACAUCAACGCCACAAGGGCCAUUUCGGAAAAGGAGUUCUCUGAUGAUCUAAUGGACACAUUUCUGACAAACGAGAACCACCGCCUUCACUGCGUUUACUCGUGGAUGCGGCUGCACCGAUCGAUCCAGGCCGGGAAGCCGCUACACUCUGGUUUGAGCUAUGAUCACACCAAGCAUUGCGGAUCAGUUCUGACGGCUGAUCGGCCGCCGAAGGAAAUUAUCACAAAGGCUCUUUCCCCGAGCAAAAAAUCCGGCAUGUGUUGGGGUAUGCCAGCUGCCCAUCCGGCUCUUGCAGACUCGGUCCCCGCGGCAGUCCGGGCUUCCGGAUCGGUGGGCGAGAAGGGUGGGACUGGCGACAUCCACGUAAGCCGCAUCCCUGUCGCACCGGCUAUUACGGAAUUUUGGCCCGGUGGGCGAUGUCUUAGCCCAGCGCGGGAGUGGUCUGCCUGUCCUGGUACCGACAAAACACCAGAAGAGCCACCGGUCCGAUUGGUCAAGUGUCGGCCAGCUAGAAUAACGAGUCGUCCCGGACCCCCUACUUUCGUCUUCUACAGAGACCGAUCCAGUCCACUUCGCUCAGUUGAACUAACUACUAUGGAGCUCCUGUCGUUUUCCUCUCAUGAAAAACUCAAUAUUUGUGAAACGACAUGGAACAGGCGAGAUCCGACUUUGAACUUUCACGAUCGCCUUUUGAGCACAAGUACGAACCGUGUUUCCGUUCUUGUGAGGCUUAACAUAGAAACUGUUUCGGCUUUCGCGCUUCACCUUUCCGGGCGUUUACUCACAGGAUGUCACACUUACCAUCAAAAUUGCCACGUUUGCUCCAAACUUGGCCAACACUUACUGUUUGCUGAGGCACCUCGAGAAUCGACAUUACCGAACACUGUAGCGGCCACGAUGCAGAAAAGGCACCCAGUCGAAUCACAGCCAUUGAUGGGGUCUAACACAGACCUGCCAGACGUCGAGAAGCCUCCAGACAACCAGUCUCAGAGCAAAAACCAACGGUGGCAUAUCCUACUUGGUGUAGCCAUCGGCAUUGCUUAUGGGUGUUCACUCACAAUGUUAUCAUCCUCGAAGACCGAGCAGCACGAAGGCUCACAGCCAACAUUAUCUGGAUUCCCUGUUGCCUCCGAGAUCAAUGCUCUUGUUCCUGAAUGUCUUUCCGUUACGAAGAACGACCUUUUCAAACUUGACCGUCUCAUGGCCAUCUACCGCAAGCUGGAUGCGUGGAGAGGUACCGGAGAGCGACUGGGACCACCUGAUUCUUCAUCUUCAUUCAAUGAUUCCUCGAUCCAGAAUGGUCAACCCCCAAUUCAGCCUAUGCGACACCUACUGCACUGUUUCGACUUCAUCAAGCAGGCAAUCCUGUGUUGCGGUGAUUGCACAAGUGAACCUCAUCAGGAAGACAGGCACGGCAAUCACCUGCAAGCCGGAAUGGACACUUUGAGAGUGUGUAAAGACUUUGACAAGAUCCUGAGUUAUGCAAAUGCCCAUGCUCCCAAGAGGAUAAAGUAA